GCUGAGAGAGCUGUAGAUUACAGUUUUAACCAGUGCAACAAGUUAAUUGAACAAAGGAUCGAAAAACUGAUCGACAAUGAUCUUGAGGCUCCAUGCGUCGGUUGUGCUGCUCGUGUGCACACUGAAAGUGAUCACGGCCCAGCGGAGUAGCUGCUGCGAGACGUACUGCUACAACGAUGACGAUGAACGGAAGCAAGUGCGACACUUUGCCACCAAAACGAUGUACGAAGUCAUCCGCCCGCCGGACACCGAUCGUCAGCACAUUGUACCGAACUGUGCACCGGUAAAAUUUUGGCUCCUUAGCCGACAUGGCACUAGACUUCCGAGCAAGGGUGACAUCGUGGAAAUGCCAACGCAGCUGAAACUGUUGCAAGAUGCCAUCAUUGACAAUUACUAUACACGCCGUACGAUGCCCGACAAUGGGCGCAUGUGUGACAAGGACCUGGAAAUCCUCCGAAAUUGGCGCUGGGAUCCGAACAUUACCGCGCAGUACGAAUCGACGCUUACCGAGCAGGGAUGGCAGGAUCUCAAAUAUCUGGCACUGCGCGCCAAGGAGAAAUAUUGGCAACUGUUCGGCAGUGGCUACGAUGCGAACAAGUUUUUGUUCCGCUACACCAACACUCAGCGCACCGAGGCAAGCUUCAAGGCGUUUGCGGAGGGUCUCUUCGGCAGCGAGGAGUCGCAGCGGGUCAAACCGAUAGCGCCAUCCGAGCCCGAUACCCUUCUGAAGCCGUACGACUACUGUGCGGACUACGACGCGAACAAAGAUCGCCAGAAGAAGGACGAAAAUUCCGAGGCAAAUAAAUUCUUCCGCACGGCACUGUUCACCGGCACGGUGUGGGAUAUUUCGCAGCGGCUCGGCUUUCGGCACAAUCUGAGCGUGGAGCAGAUCGAGCAUAUGUGGGAUGCCUGCCGGUUCGAGCAAGCGUGGCAAAUAUCGCGGGCAAGUCCGUUCUGUGCGGCGUUCACCCAGGAUCAGGUGAACGUGCUCGAGUACAAGGAGGAUCUGGCGUACUACUAUCAAACCAGCUACGGUUACGAACGUAGCACCGAGCUGGCAUGCCACGCCAUGGCCGACAUGCUGAAACAUCUAAAGUCCCGCGAAGAGCCGACGGUGGUGGCAUACUUUACGCACGACUCACAAAUCCAGCUGCUCCUGGCGGCGCUAGGGGCGAAGAAGGAUUCAACGCCACCACGGGCGGACAAUUAUCCGUUCAUGAAAUACCGCCAGUAUCGCUCCAGUGACAUUCCAUUUGCAGCCAACAUUGCAGCCGUAAAAUAUCAAUGCGCGGAGCAGCGAGAACCGGAGCGUGUUAUAUUCUUCCUGAACGAAAAGCCACUCAUGCUGGACUGGUGUAACGUCGGUCUGUGCAACUGGUCCGACGUUGAGCGAAAAUUCCAACGGUUCACCGAUGGCAAUUGCGACCGGAUGUACUGCCAGGGCAGUGGGGCUUCACAGUUCUUCGCACACCAUUCUCUCAUCACACUCGUCGUUGGUCUUUUCGUGCUCCUUUCCGUACGGUGGGGUACCUUAGUCUAAGUUUCCAUUUCACCAGUAUUAUGUUUUUCAACAGA